AUGCAUAGAAUAAUGUCUGUUCAGAUACAGUUGCCAGAAAAAUUCGCCCAAAUAUCCCGCUAUAAUAUCCUAUACUCAAAUCCCUCUCCCAUCCACCCCUUAUCCUCAAUUGCACCCCUACGAGCAUCCCCGCACCACCCCCUCAUCACUAUUCACGCCAAACGAGAGGACCACUCCUCCCCACUAGCAUGUGCAGGCAACAAAUAUCGCAAACUAGAAUAUAUAGUCCCGGAUAUCCUGUCUCAAACACCCCUCUAUCACAGUCAUGAGAACAAUCCAACACCUUCAGGCUCACUGCAAGGCGUAGUAACAACUCUCGUAACAGAGGGCGCAAUCCAAAGCAACCACACCGUGCAAGUUGUCGCUCUAGCCCGGAAACUGGGCCUGAAAGCCUUCAUUCUUUUACACCGCGGCACAGGUGGCGGUCUUACAGCAGCCGACGACAAGGAAGCCUUCCAACGCAGCGGAAAUGUGCAAAUAAAUCACCUUCUCGGUGCGGAGGUUCGUGUCUGCGAAAAAGAUGAUCCACUGGGAAUGGAUGCGACGCCUCUUCUUGACGAAUUGAGGGCAUCGGGGCAGAAUCCGUAUUGGAUCCCUGGUGGCGCGAGCUUGCAUCCACUUGGUGGGCUGGGUUAUGCGCGGGCGGCGUUUGAGAUUGCUGCGCAGGAGGAGGAGAUGGGGCUUGGGGGUUCGGGGAGGUUUGAUUAUGUCUUCGUUGCGUGUGGAAGUGGGAGUACGGUUGGUGGGUUGGUGGCUGGGUUUACGCUGUUAGAGAAGAUUAGGGAAUCAGGUGUGCCAAACACGAUUGGGGAGCCGAGGAAGGUUGUUGGGAUUCUUAAUUCGCCGACUAGGCAGCGGGAAUAUCAUGAAAAGCGGGUGCUUGCUUUUGCGCAGAGGGCGGGCGAGUUGAUUGGACUCGAUGGGGAGCGGGAAAUUGGGGUUGAGGAUGUGCGGCUUGAUGAUCGAUUCGUUGGGACUGCAUACGGCGUGCUAGAUGGCGAGAGUAAAGAGGCUCUAAGAACUAUGGCCUGGGCAGAGGGUAUGGUGCUGGAUCCAGUUUAUACAGCCAAGGUUGCGAGAGGCAUGAUGCACUGGGUGAACGAGGGAGAAGUUGCGAACUCUGCCAAGCCCUUGGAUCAGGUCAAUUUAUUGUUCAUUCAUACAGGUGGACAGGCUGCUCUAGGAGCUUAUGCGGAUAUCAUAUAG